AUGUAUCUUUUUUUGCCAAAAGAUACAAGAUACUAUUAUUGUAAAAAUAAUUCCCGAUUAGAAAAUUUAAAAGAAAACAAUUUUAAAUAUUGCGCUUUUUUAAUUACACCUUUGAUUAGCUCUCUUACAAAAAGGUUUAAUUUAUUUUUUGAACUAUCUCCUGAAAUUAAUGAAGCUAUUCUAGCAACAUGUUUCCAUCCAAAUUUUAAACUAAGGUGGAUUCCAGAUUACAUUAGUGAUCACGAAAAAAAAAUAAUACAGAAUUUGUGUAUAAAUGCUACAGAACAAAUUAUUAAUGAAUGUAGUAACCAUGAAUCCAGUAGAGAUUCUGAAGACGGUUUUUUUAUAUUUUCUCCUCAGGUUGAAAAUAAACAGCAAUCACAGAAUGAACUUGAAUUAAUAACUUAUUUUAACGACAAUAACAAAUCAUUAAACUGUUUAAAUAAUUAUCCAUCAAUAAAAAAACUAUUUAUAAAAUAUAACACAAGUCUAUGUUCAUCUGCUCCCGUUGAGCGUUUAUUUUCAUUUGCUAGUUUUGUGCACUCACCAAGUAGAUCUAAUCUAUCCGACCACAUGUUUGAAAAAUUAAGGUAA